CGCCCACCAGGAAAUCACAGGUUAGUGUGUGCAAUGCGGAAUGAAAACGUCCUUCUAAACCAGGAGAAAGCAGCAACAAUGAGGGUCUGGUCAGCGCUGCGGCGUGGAAUUGAAAAGCUGUGUUUGUGGAUGAGUCCCGCUGAUCUGCAGAACUGAACGGAAGUCCUGCUCCGGCUGUCCCCGGGAUCUGAUGUGAGAGCGUCUGCAGGAGCGAGGGGGCGGAGCUGAGAUGUCAAUCAGAAGCGCCGAGGGCGUGUCCAUCAUGCAGGCCUUAGCCAUGACCGUGGCUGAGAUACCUGUGUUCCUGUACUCCACCUUUGGACAGUCUAUCUUCUCUCAGCUGAAGUUGAGCCCUAGUCUAAAGAAGGUGCUGUUCGCCACGGCUCUGGGCAGCGUCGCUCUGGCUCUGACCGCUCAUCAGUUAAAGAGACGGGGCAGAAAGAGGAAACAGGCAGUCAGUAAAGAAGCACAGAAACCUGUGGGCAUCCCAGAACAGCUGCUCCGAACCAGUCGGCCGGCCUCACUCAAGAGAGGUCUGGUUCCAGGGCGUCAGAUGAUCAGUCCCAGCACCCGUAGUAAUGACACUCUGAGCGGCGUUUCGUCUCUCGCACAGAGCAAACACUCGAGCUCUUCACACAGUAUCGCCUCUAUGCGAGUUCCCUCCUCUCCCAACCAAUCAGUGAACACCGGGACGCCGUGGGAGGCGGAGCCAGUGGCAGAGGAGCCUGGAGUUGGAGAGGAUGCCAAUGCUGAGAACCUCUAUCUCAUGGGGAUGGAGCUGUUUGAGGAAGCCCUGCGCAAGUGGGAGCUGGCUUUGAACAUCAGACACAGAUCUCACUCCCGAGCGUCUGGGUCAAACAGUCUCGCCCUACAAGGAUCAGAACUCGUGGAGCACCAUUCGCCUCAGUUCGCGGAGAAGCUCGAAACUCUGCUGCACCGAGCCUAUCAUCUACAGGAAGACUUCGGCAGCACCAUACCCCCCGACAGCCUCCUCGCCGACCUGGAGAGUGAAGCCACCCUGAUCCUGCCCACGCUCGGGAGUUCACUUCCCGUACAAGACGACGAUGCCACGACCGUCACGUCAGACGACUCCUUUUUCUCUGCUGCUGAGCUGUUUGAGGCGUUCUCUCUAGAGGACACGUAUCACCCGCUGAAGCCGGCGGCUCUGUAUGAAGAAGCGCUCGGUUUGGUGAAGGAUGGAAGCGUGGCCUGCAGAUCACUGAGAACAGAGCUUCUGGAGUGCUACAGCGAUCAGGACUUCCUCGCCAAGCUGCACUGCGUUCGUCAGGCCUUCCAGGUGCUGCUGCUGGAUGAAACACACAGGAUGUUCUUCAUGGAUACAGGGAAGCAGAUGAUACUGGGACUCCUGGCCAAAGCCAACAAGAGUCCGAAAGCGUUUCUGGAGAGUUAUGAAGACAUGCUGCAGUACACACAGAGAGAAGAGACGUGGCCCGUCACCAAGAUGGAGCUGGAAGGUCGAGGGGUGGUCUGUAUGAACUUCUUCGACAUUGUGCUGGACUUCAUCCUCAUGGAUGCGUUUGAAGAUCUGGAAAGUCCUCCGUCUUCAGUGGUCGCGGUUCUGAGGAACCGAUGGCUCUCGGACAGUUUUAAAGAGACGGCACUGGCCACGGCCUGCUGGUCUGUGCUAAAAGCCAAAAGGAGAUUGUUAAUGGUCCCUGAUGGGUUUAUCGCCCAUUUCUAUGCCAUCUCGGAGCACGUGAGUCCGGUUCUGGCGUUUGGGUUUCUGGGCCCCCGACAGCACCUCAGUGAGGUGUGCACCAUAUUCAAGCAACAGAUUGUUCAGUAUCUGAAGGACAUGUUUGACCACGAUAAGGUGCGUUUCACGUCCGUCCCGUCUCUGGCUGAAGACCUCCUCAGCCUGUCCCACAGACGGGCGGACAUCCUGGUGGGUUACCUGGGCAUUGACAGUCUACCUGAGACCAACGGAGCGUUACCCAAGAGCCCCGGCGGCGGACCUAAUCUAGGACAAUAGAUACACGCCCUCAUUAGCUAUUCGUCAUCGUCGACCAAUCAGCGUGGCUAUAAAGAGCAUUCGUUUAAAGAUCGAUUAUGUAGACAGAUAAACCACUACUGACUCAACUUUUUUUUUUGUUCGAGGCCUUUUCUUGACCCGCUUCAGCAAAUUUGCCACCAAAAAUCCAUUGCUGCUAUUUAGAGACCUUUGCAGACGCUGUCUGAAGAACUCCUCUCGACCUACGGGAGCUUUCUUUUUAGCCAAACCUACAGCCUGGUUUUGAGCCGCAGCUCUUCUCGAUCGUCCCACGCUGGUUUUUGUUCGUUUUACGGGAGCGUUCGUGCGCGUGCCAAUGGCCGAGUCGAGUCUUGGGUAGCACUGAACGCUGAUGUAGUGAUGUAGCGCGAGUCUCUCGGCGCGUUUUGGCGGUUUGAGGGCGUUUUUCGGUGAGGGACUCGCACAGGAAGUGCAUCGUUCAAGAGUUAAACAGGAUGUAGUGGUCCGGAUCACAUUAGCUGAGCUCACUUGUGUCCUUAGAGGGCUUCUGCAGCCCUUGCGGUUUGCUCGAUAAGUUGCGUUUGUUCUCACCCUCACUUUAUAUCAGUCACAGUGUUCAUCAGAGCGAUAUUUAGCAGUCUGUUGGUGUGUUAUAUUUUCAGUCGUCAUACUUUAUCCACCUUGUGUUAGUCCUCCUUCAAUAUUCAGGAUUAAAAUGGCAGAUUAUAUACUAUUCUAUUAUAUAUAUAUAUAUAUAUAUAUAUAUAUAUAUAUUCAUAUUCAUUAUGCAUUAUAAAUUCAAUACAGCAGCGGUAUUGAGUCAAACAGGUCACAAAUAAAGUAAUUGUAAUUGUAGAGCAUAUAUGUGCUUUAACUUGUUAUUUCAGUCCUUCAAGCUCUGGUUGGUAAACUCUAUUAACGACAUCCGUGCCAUUGCGAACAUUUCGACGCCAAUCUAUGCGAUUUUUGGAAAAACAAAGACGCGCUAUUCCUUUAGACUUGAAGACCGUGGGGGAAAAUGACCUCAGAUUCAAUUAAAGUAGAUUUUUUUUUGGUUUUGGUCUGUAAAAUAUUAUAAUUAAUACAGUAUAUAUUUUUUCUAUGGCUAUGGCACCGAUGCUGUUGAUAGUGUUUAAGCUGUAUUCUCCCAAGAAUUGAAAAAUGUACAACAAGCAGCUAAUUGAUUGGUCGAACGUGUCGUCGUGAAUCGCACCUGCAAAAAACGUAUAUUAGCAAGCAAAAUUAGCUCAUAAAAGCGCUAAUAAUUUUAGACAAUUCUGGUCAUUUUAAACAGAAUAUGCAUGAAAUGCCUACAACGUUCCUCAAAAUUGCUGAGCCUUUACACAACUUGACCGUGUUUCUUAAUUGUGCACCGAAGGCAUUUGUGAAAUUAGGUAUUGUUUAGGAUUGUUAUAGUGGUUUUUUUUCCUCAUCAUAUUGACUAUUUAAAACUGGUUCUGCUGGUGUUGGUUGUCUUGCACUUUAUUUGUUAAAAAAAAAUAGACCGAUGUUAAUUUUCUCUAUUUUUUAACAAAAUAGUAGAGUUGUUAAUCAGCUUAUGUAGUACAUUUUGGUUUUUUUUGUUUCAUCAAAUGUUAUGUUUUUUGACAGAUGUGUAAUUUAAAUGAAAAAUGAAAUUUAAACGUAUUUAAACCAUCAAGCUGCAAAUGUGAACGCUUGAGUUGUUUUUUUUUGUUUGUUUUUCAUUUAAAAACGUGGAAAAGACAUUGUUCAUAACUAACGGUUAAAGUAUAAGGAUUAUAUACUUCUUUUAUGUAUAUGAUUGGGUUAUGAGUGAUUUGGUUGUGCCUCAAUAUAUUAUUUUUGCCUUUUUUUUUUUUAAAAAUGUGCUUCGAAUACACAAGUGCACACGCACUAUUAGAUCUCUGCCCUGCUAAAUUAAAAUCAUAACUCAAAACCUAUAUGCACCAACUUGGAUGCAAAGAUAUAAUUCUUCAUAAUAACGACUUGCGAAACACAUUUAUUGGCCUGUUUUUAUUGUUAAUUGGAUAACCAAGAUCGUGCACCUCAUUUCAUCAUCGUAAAUGGGUUUUUCACAGUUUAAUUUUAUUUUCGGUGUUCAAAUGUGAACUUUUGAAGAAAUGUCUGACGUAGAUAUGCAUGCCAGCGUUAGCGCAACGAGACCAGACUGAAGGGGAGGAGCUGAAUGUUUGAUUAGUUUCAUAUCAUUCCGAUGAUUAAGAUUCCCAACACGCCGUUUAUUCUGCAUGAGUUUGGGUGAAGACGUCAUGAAAUGAUGUUUUGAUGUGUGCUGCUAUCCCUGCUCUUUUUAGUUGUUAAAGCUCUGAAACAAUCAUUGUGUCCGUGUCCCAUUUUUGAAUCGGAUCGGUCCAUCUGAAGAUUGAUAUUUGAUGUGAUUUUAUUAAGGUUCACCAGUGUGCU